UAUUCGGUGAUUAAUGGACACCUGAGAAACCGCGCGUGCCGCGACUCUGCUUGUCUGUGGAUUUGUAUAACAGCGACCGCAGAGGCGGUCUGGGGAAAACCAUGAGGGGGAGGAGAAGCCAAAGAAACGCUGUGAAAUCGCAUAAAACAUGCCAUUGAGCUCUCAGCUCACUUCCACACUCAUCUGUCUCCGCACGAGCUGGAUGUUAAGAGUUUACACAGCGCUACAUGGACCAGUAUCUCCACAGCUGACCUGUCUUAAAAUGUUGGAUGUAUACGUGUGCGUUAUUUUAGUUGAAAGAGAGAGUGUUGUAGAAACCGGCUACUGAAAGCCGAAACGUGAAAAAGAGGAACUUUGAACAGACUCUGUCCAGACUUCAGAGGGUUUUCUUUUACUAAAAUGCACUUAUUUGGAUUUUCUGUCUUCUGUUUCGCAUUGCUCUAUGCAAAUGUUGCUUUCGAGUCAAGUCACGACUAUUAUGAUUAUGACCAAGAUCAAGGAGAUAUUCUGGAGAAUUCAGAGACCGACAUGGUGGAGCAGUUACGUUCGGUGGGCAGCGUAGAUGAACUGAUGAGGAUAGUUUACCCCAGCUACUGGAGCAUGUUGAAGUGUCGUUCCAAAGCAGGAGCUCGCUUCCCUCAGAGAGAGCACAGCUCCACGGAAACAAGGUCGGAGGAGGUCUCCUUUGCGGCUGCUUACUUCAACUUUGAUAUACUUAAAAGUAUUGAAACAGAGUGGAGAAAGACCCUGUGCAUGCCACGCCAAGUUUGUUUAGAUGUGGGGAAAGAGUUUGGGGCAGCUACAAACACCUUCUAUAAACCACCCUGCGUGUCUGUCUACAGAUGUGGGGGCUGCUGUAACAGUGAGGAACAUCAGUGCGUGAACAUCAGCACUUCAUACAUCAGCAAGACGCUUUUUGAAAUCACAGUUCCUGUCAAGCAAGGGACCAAGCCAGUCACCAUAAGCUUUGCCAACCACACGUCCUGCAGCUGUCUCUCAAAACUGGAUGUGUUCCGACAACGGCACUCGAUCAUUCGAAGAGCUCUACCAGAAUGUCAUGUGGCAAAUAAAACAUGCCCGAAGACACACAGCUGGAGCAAUCGCUUAUGCAGAUGUGUGCUACUGCCUGAUCCUCAUCUGUCAAAAACACAUUCUGACUCAAUCGAGCAGGACUUCUGUGGGCCAGACAAAGAGCUGGAUGAGGAAACCUGUCAGUGUGUCUGUCAAAAGCAACUGAGAGCAGCAGGCUGUGGACCAAACCGCUACCUGGAUAAGAACACCUGUCAGUGCGUGUGCAAAGCCCAACCCUCUUCCUGCGGGCCCCAUCAGAGCUUCAACAAAGACACCUGCCAAUGCACCUGUGCAAAAUCCUGUCCCAAAAACCAACCCCUGAACCCCAACAAAUGUGUGUGCGAAUGCACAGAGUCCUAUAAUAAGUGCUUCCUAAAAGGCAGGAGGUUUCAACCAGACACAUGCAGUUGCUGGAGACCGACAUGUUAUGUGGAGCCCAGGAAAAGAAAAUGUAAGGAGAACGAGUAUUUCAGCGAGGAGCUAUGUCACUGUAUACCCACAUACUGGGGAAGACUGGACUAAAGACGACCAACAGGGCAGGUGGCACUGAGUGCUGACAGAGACGCCGGCAUUUGGAGCAGUGCUAAUGUUCAGCUGCUGCGUGUCUGACUCACAAGUGCUAGUCAUGUGAACUAGUGUGGAGAACAAUUGGUUAGUGGGAGAUGUCCACAUUCAACAUAUCAAACAUGGAGUGAGCUAUCAAGGACCGAGAGAGAUUUCUAAAGGCUGGAGCCAUGUUUCUUCAUCGUUUUAAAUGAAUCGUCUAUUCGUUAUUUGUCAGAUAUUGACUAUAUAAUUUAUUGCCAUGAAAUGUUUUAAAACUCCCUUGUUCAUAGCAAAUUCCAAUGUCUGCAAGGAAAAAAACACUGUGAUCAAUAUUUUUGUAUCAUGUUACGUCCCGUAAAAUAAACUAUAAAGUUGUAUUA